GUGUGAUUCAAGCAUCCAAGGCUGUUAUAUGAUAUUCAGCAGAGAGCUUUCAUUUGCUCUUUGGGACCCAGAUUCACUUCAGGAGUGUACCUGACUUGAAAGAAAAGAAGCAGAAAGAAGCUGUAAACCUGAUAAAGGUUUUUAGAAGACCUAUGUAUCCUGGCCAAUUAAAAUCAAGUAACAUGGUGGCAGAAAAAACAGCAUCGGCAGGAGAACUGAAGGCGGCUCUGCAGUCACCGCUGACACUAACACUGGCUGUUGUAGCCGCUGUAGUAGUAGGUUAUGCACUGAUAUCAGGAGUAGCUGAACCAAUAGUAGGAGCAGUAGCUGGAGCAGCAGCUGGAGUAGGUGUUUUACAAUUACAGUGGGAAAAAGAAGAAAGAACAGCAGUAGCAGUAGCGGUAACAGCAGUAGCAGGAGGCGCAGCAGGAGCCGCGGCAGCAGUGUUGCGAUCACUGAUGGCAGCAAAAUCACUAACAGGGGCAGCACUAUUCGGAGCGAUAGCAGGAGCUGCAGUAGUUGCAUUAGCAAAAAAACAGAUUAUUGAGUUCAUAAAGUGGUCAAAGCUGGUCAUAGGAGUUGUUCUGGUAACAAUAGGAGCAACUCUAUUAAACUUUGCAGUAAAUGCAGUAAAGUGGCUAAAAGAUAUGAUAAAGUCGGCAUUUUCCAAACUUAAAGAAGCAGUACAAUGGAUUACAGAAGCAGCAAAAAAACUAUUCAACACAUUAGCAUCAUUUGGAACAUCAGGAUUGGCAGCAAUAGCAGCAGGAAUAUUUGGAUCAGUAGCAUUAGCAUCAGCAGCAGCAUCAGGAUUAGCGUCCAUAGGAACAGCGAUAGCAGGACUUUUCGGAGGAUUACUGGGACUCGGGUUAUUUCUUGCAGCAGGAGCAGCAGUUUUUGAAUUGUACCGGAGAGAACAACCAAACAACCAGCAGACACAAGGAGCAGAUGUGGCGUUCCCAAUUAUUGUUUUGUUGCUUUUUGUUUUGUUUUGUUUUUUUGUUUCCUAUGUGGGUGUGUGGCGAUUUUGUUUGUUGUUGUUUCUCUCACUGUUCCUGUGGUUUGUGCUGUGCUACCGCUCUGAAAGACACUGAUAUUGUUCAUCAAGAAGGCCAGCAUAAAAGCCUCAAAAACACCUAGAAAUUAGGAUGAAAGAGUGACUCACAACUUGCCUCCAGGGACUUUUUUUCUCAUGCAUCAGUCAUCGUUUUGGCCUAGCAUUUUCUAUUAUCCAUCUAUUACUGUGGAUCCAGUGAACUGCUAAUGUUGUAAGGCCAGUGUUUUACUACUAAUGUGAGUUCUGUGUACUACUGUCUUUAGGCUGGAAUUUGAGAGAACCUUUUCUGUUGUAAAAGUGUUUGGGGAAACCAGUAAGGUAAAUCUUUAAGUAAACCCUUGUUUAUUUAUGUUAUCGCAAAAUGUGAACUGUGUAUUGUUGUAUAUACAUUGUAUCCAACUUUAUCUCCAUACAUACUGACAUAAAGAGAUACACUAUAUAAACAAAAAAGAAAAAAGAGAAGAAUAAAAAAAGAAUCAUUCUCUCAAUUUCUUAAAUACCCUCAUUUUCAACUUUUCAAUUAUUUCCUUCAUUUUUAUUGAAAAUAAAUGCUAUUUCAAUAUGAUAUGAGAUUUGAAAAGGGAGAAAAAAAGCUCGAAUGAGCAUCUUUUCGUCUUCACUACUGGAACUGGUGAUUGACAGCCUUCUUUUGUAGUGUUGACUAUCCCAAUCACACAUUGGUGGGUGGAGCUAGUGUAACUAGCCUCUGCCAACAAGGCGGGCUAUUUGCACUUAGUGUUAAUAGACACUCAGUUUUAAUUUAUAUAGUACAUUUAUUUCCGGAAAAAAAGUGUUAAAUCUACAUAUAUAUUUCUCGUCCCUUUGCAACCCUAAUGGCAGGCCAUUUGCCAACUUAGUAGACACUACAACCAUUCCAUGUCAGAUGUUUAUGGAAUAUACAUCCAUAUCUCACAGAUUUUGGUAAUUGGAUCAUUUUGGAUGUGACUGCUCAAACGAUCAAAGAAUGUUUAGAAGUUGUGAGAAGUUUAGAAGAGUUUGACAAUUUCACUGUGAAUCAACACAGGCUUUUCAAUAUGCAUUUAGUUAUUGUGCAAAUUGUAGAGAAUUAUUCUUUUGUACACGUCAAAACACAUUUCUCUAAAUAAAUAAAAAAAAAAUCUUAAGUGAACAGACAUCUGAACUUAUUGUUUUCAUUAAAAAACAAAACAAAACAAAACAAAAAAAAACAACAACAACAACUCUAAUUUCAGAAUUGAGCCAAACCAAACAUCAUGGUUUUCUGUAAAGCCGCUUUGAAACAAUGUGUUAACUGUUGUUUAUGUCUUUAAGCCUGUCCCAAUAUUUGCAGUCUUUUGUACUUAGGGUGCUUUCACAUUUCGACUGACUGUUCGGAAUCCAAGUUGGAAAGAUCCUCUUCCGAGAUCCUUUUUUCAGAUUUCCUGAUGGCACACCCCCUUUUUUUUAGCUUUAGUGAGCUUUAUUUAAACAAUUUGAUUUUCAAUCAUUUGAACUUUGAAAUAAACUUCUACAUGUCUGUUCAGUAGUCCCUACGUAACAAAUGACACAAUUUAGCAAUUGUGGUGCUUCUAAUUAAGUGACAAAAAGUAGUUCCACAUGUUUUACUAAGUGCACAUACUACCAAAUUAUAUAUAAUAUCUUAAUUUUUCCUUAAAUAAAAUGAGACACCCAU